AUGCCAGCUUUCAAUGAAUUCCUUCAUCGGUCGAUAUCUACCGGUGCUUCAAAUGACCUUAAUGCUUAUUUACACAAUAUUUUCUUGGAAGCUCCAAUCCCAGUUCUUCUAACAAGAUUGUUGUCAGAGUCUGACGAAAAUGAGAGAACUUUAUUUUAUCCAGCUGAGGAAAUACUUAUUCAACAUGAACUGAACAAAACUAAAUCUAAACCUGCUAUGGGUUAUUGA